GUUGUAAACUUCUGAGCUAUAACCGAUAAAAUCGACGACAAUCACUUGUUGUAAAAGCGAUUCUUCAACCACUUAGCUAAAUUUCCCCGCCCAUCCCCCAAAUCUACGGAAUUGUUCGUUGCUUCUUUCUUUUUCCCUCGGUGGUUUUGCCUUCCUCAUCUGUUAUACAGCCACCAAGUGUUCGGAGAAAUGCCGGAGUCAUGGUGUCCUUCACCGCCGCUCUUGUCUCGCCUCCGUUUUUGACGCAUUUUGAUUCUCGCGUUCCCCCUUCUUGCCUCUGCGCUGUUGGGCAGUGGGGAGGAGUGGGGAAGGGAGGAAAUUUUUUGCCGCUGAACUUGAAUGUUGCUCUGGGGGAGAAGAGUGGAGGUGGGUUUUCUUUCUUGGGAUUUAUUGAAGUGAAGAGGAGGAGGAGGAGGGGUUCUGGAGAUUCUUGUUGGUGCAAGAAAGAGUGCGAUAGUGAAGGGGAUUUGGCUUUGGAAGCAGAGAUAUUGAAGUUCAUGACAGAUAGUGAGAAGGUUUUUCCGAGCAAGAAAGAGUUGGUGGAUGCAGGGAGGAUGGAUCUUGUGGAGGCAUUUCAGAGACAGGGAGGAUGGCUUGCUUUGGGUUGGGAUUUGGAUAAUGGUGGUGAUAGUCAAGAGGAGCAAGAACAGCAGUAUCAGCUUCAAGAAAAUGGUUUUCAACAUUUGAAUUUUCACCAAACUGAGAAUGCAUGGAAAAAUGGGGAUCAGAAAAACAGUGUUGAUGGUGAAGUUCGGAGUUCUGGGGCUUCUUCUUGCCCUCCAUCCUCGUCUGGUAGAUCACUCUGACGAUUCUAAUCUUUUAUUUUACUUGUUUAUGCUUGCCUCUUUUUUUUCUUUUUUAUUUUUUUUUUUUCUGUUCAUGACAGAUGUCCAUUUACGGAAGUAUGGUUAAAAGUGCUAUUUCUUUAAUUCGCCUUCCCAGAGGAAUAACUUAACGUGUUGCAUAAAUGCAUUAUGAUGUUUGAAUAAUGCAAUUUUGUUGAUUUCUGUUCUUCUCUUGUUUAUAAUUCUCAUGCUUCCAAUAAAUAGUUGCUUGACUC